AUGAACCAACAGCGACUACGCGGUCGCCCGGCUCACAUGCCGGGCCCGACUUUCCUAAGUUAUACACCCAACGGCAGGAAGCUGAUAAGUGUUGGGUCGAACAAUGCCAUCCGUGUCUUCCAGACAGGAUCAGACGCAGAACCCACGAACAUCGACGACUGUCAAGACUCGAACACCGCCGUAGCUGCUGCGAACGACUUCUUCGUUACCGGCUCGGAGGAUGGAACAGUCUGCAAGUACUCGCUGGAGUCUAACUCGCUUGAUGGGGUGUUGGUGCGAUGCACGCUCCCGAUUCGAGACGUUGCGCUCUCGCCGGACGGAAAAUGGGCAGCUGUUGCGAGCGAUGAACUGGUCGUCAAAGUCGUCAACACCGAUGACAUGAGCCGCGUACUCUACCUUCGUGACCAGGCUCGGCCGGUCAAGCAUAUCUCCUUCGACCACAGCGGCACAUUUCUGGCAGUGUCCUGCUCGGACGGGUGUAUCUACGUCUACUCGCUGAGCUCGGAGGAGCCGAAGAUGAUCAGAAAGGUUGAUGGGUUGAUCAAGAGCUUGGAGACAGAUGUUGAGGCGAGCUCGAAGGUGAUAUGGCAUCCGGACGGCCGAGCUUUUGCGGCGCCUACGCCAACAAGAGAAGUUCAGAUCAUGUCACCCAGCGACUGGGAAUGGCAGCGAGUGUUCAAGAACGGUCAUACGGCCGACAUUACUGCCCUAGCCUGGUCGCCGAAUGGUGGAUUGCUAGCUACUACAGGCGCUGAUCGAAGACUCCUCAUUUGGGAGACUAAGACCCAGAAGAUCAUCAAGACAUUCGAGGGUGUCCGAGCAACCAUUCUGGAUAUGGCUUGGCAUCCGACUGAGAACAUCCUGUCCUACACGAACAACGAUGGCGAGCUUUACAUUCACACAGAUAUCGUCCCGUCUGAGCAUACUGGCAUACUGCAAAAAUCACUUCAGCCUGCACCCUUCAUCCACGACCCGCUAGCCGAAAUCUCAGCCAACGGAAGACCUCCUAUAACCAAUGGCCUCAAAAAUGGUCUCGUAUCACGCCAUGCCCGACGAGGCACCCCCGACUCGCUGGACGAGAUCCUUGGCGACGAUGGAAUGUCCGCCUCAGAAGCGGACGGCUUCAUCACCGACGACGACGGUACCGGCCCCUCCAGGAAACGCCCAAACGACCAUCUCGAUGCCUUGGACUAUCCCCUCUCCAAGCGGCGCGCCACCCACAGCGCUUGGCAGCCAACCGUCCACCCCCCCUUCCAACCGGGCAGCACCCCCUGGCGCGGCAACCGACGAUACCUCGCCCUAAACCUCACCGGCUGCAUCUGGACACUCUCCCAAGACGACUACCACAACACCAUAACCGUCGAGUUCUACGACCGCUCCCUGCACCGCGACUUCCACUUCACCGACGCCUUCAAAUACGACAAGGCCUGCCUCACCCCCCACGGGUGCCUCUUCUCGUGCCCGCCCUCCCCAUCCACCGACCCCAAAUCCCCCUCCGCUACGCAGCCCGCACACCUCUACUACCGCCCCCACGAAACCUGGACCACGCGCUCCGACUUCCGGAUCCCGCUCCCCGGCGGCGAAACCGCGACGGCCAUCGCGCUGAGCGCCUCCUACAUCGUCGUGUGCACCUCGGCCGCCUACGUGCGGAUCUACAGCCUCUUCGGCGUGCCCCUGCGCGUGUACCGCCAGAAAGCCACGCCCGCAGUGAGCUGCGCCGCGUGGCGCGACUACGUCCUCACUAUCGGCAACGGCGCCAUCGGGCCGGACGGCCGGCCCGCGCUCGUGUACAGCCUCGAGAACGUCGCGAGGGACGAGGUGUGUCAAGCCGAGGACACGGUGGCGCUAUCGCCCGGCGCGGAGCUCGCGAGCGCGCUGUUCAGCGCCGAGGGGGAUCCGUGCGUGUAUGACGACCAGGGCGUGCUGGCCGUGCUGCAGCAUUGGCGCGCGCCGGGCCAGGCGCGGUGGGUGCCUGUGCUCGACACGACGAGGCUGGCGCGGCUGGCGAGCGGGAGGAAGGAGGAGCGGUAUUUCCCCGUCGGGGUCGCGAGGGAGGCGUUCCAUUGUAUCAUCCUCAAGGGUGGGGAUCGCUAUCCGUAUUUCCCCAGGCCGCUGCUUACGGAGUUUGGGUUCUGCGUGCCGGUUGUGGAUAGGGCGGGUAAGGAGGCGAGUGGGAUGGGCGAUGGGGAGGAGGAUGAGGAGGAGGAGGCGCCGGGCGGAGAGGCGCAGAGACUCGAGGAGAUGUUUGUGAGGCAGAGUUUGUUGCUGUCGCUGCUGGAGGACUUGACGGGCGCGACGAGGGCGACGCAUAGUCAGCGGACGGAGCUGGCGAGGAAGGGCUUGGAGGUCGAUAAGGCGCUGUUGCAGUUGCUGGCCGCGGAGUGUAGGGACGGCGAGGAGCGUGGGAUGAAGGCGUUGGAGAUUGUAGGACUCAUGAAGGAUCGGAGUGGGAAGAUGGUGGAGGCGGCCGGGAAGGUCGCGAACAGAUUUGGGAGGGAUGUGCUUGGGGAGAGGAUCAGGGAGCUGGCAGAGAGGAGGUUGGUCGGGUUGGACGACGAUGAGGGUGCUGGAUAG